GGUUUCGUUAAAGGGACAGGAAAGGAAUAAUUGAUCUAUUGGAAAUUUAAUCUCUGAAAAAGCAAGCAAAUCAAAUUUCGCAUUAUUGUUUUUGCGGAGCUCUGUCGUUUUUGUGUGAAAGAUGAACAACACGUUAACGUGGACAGCGGAGUAUCUUCUAGAAGAAGAACUGAUUUGUGUAACGCCAAUAAUGUUUCAACGACAAUGUUCCAAGGAUGGAAAUUUAUCAUGAGCGACAAAGACAAAUGCUUUGUGCAGUUCAUACCUUAAACAACCUUUUCCAAGAACAGAAUGCCUACAGUAAGGCAGACCUAGAUGCCAUUAGCUACCAGCUCAGCCCAAACGCUUUCGUCAAUCCGCAUAAAAAUAUGCUUGGCUUUGGAAAUUAUGACGUGAAUGUUCUAAUGGCGGCGUUGCAGUUGAGGGAGCACGAAGCAGUGUGGUUUGACAAGAGAUUGAAAGUUGAAAGUUUAGACCUUCAACACAUCUUUGGAUUUGUGGUGAAUAAACCUUCAAAUGUUAACCUAGUUUGGUUGGAAGUACCCCUUAAAAGGCCUCAUUGGUUUGCAGUUCGCAAAAUAAAUGACAUUUACUACAAUUUAGACUCCAAACUCUCUUCUCCCCAUUGUAUUGGCAGAGAAGAUAAACUUUGUGAGUUUUUAAAUGAAUUGUUGUCCAUGUCAGCUAUGCAGCUUUUUGUCAUUGUCAAGAAAAGUGUUGCAGAAAACAGUCUUUGGAAAAGACAGUAAAAGUAGUGACUAGUCUAUUAUUCAAAUUAUAAAUGCAAUUGAAAUAUUUCAUUGUGUGUAUAGUACUCAGAUUUAGAGUAAAGUAUUCAAAAGACUGGUUAUCAUAUCAUUCAGCCCCAGUUUUAUUUCUGUUGUAGAUACUGCCCUAAUAAAAAAUUCUUGCAUCGGUCAA